GAGAAGAAGAGAGGAGGCGGAGCCGGAGGAAGUAUCUACCACGUUAGUUAGUGCUUUCUUAGUAGUUGGUUGUUCUUCCACCGCAGAUAAGCAGCAGGUUGUCAGCGUUUUAAUCUAAAAAUGAACGGGCUAGACGAGGAACCAAUGGCACCACAGACCUUUCUUUACGGUUGUGUGCUGGAAGCUGGAAAGGAGGUGUUGUUCAAUCCAGAGGAUGAUGAAUUUGAGCAUCAGCUAGAUCUAAGGAUGGCCUGUGUGGACCCCAGCACGAAAGAUGAACUUCACAUGGUGGAAGUGGAAGGACAAGACACAGAGGGUCAGAUCAUCAAGGCAGCACUGGUUUCACUUAAGCCCUCUACCCUGCCAAGUGUGUGUCUCGGUGGCUUCACAAUCUCACCCCCAGCGACUUUCCGUCUGAAGGCAGGUGCUGGUCCAAUCCAUAUCAGUGGACAACACCUUGUCAUGAUGGGGGCCGAUAUGUCUUCUGAUGAUGAAGAUGAUGACGACGAGGAGGAGGAGGAGGAAGAUGUCAGAACAUCAAAGAAAAGACCUGCUCCCUCCCCUGCCCUCAAGACUCCGAAAAAAAUUAAAAUGGAGGAGGAUGACGAAGACGACGAGGAUGAAGAUGAUGAGGAUGAUGAAGAGGAUGAUGACGAGAGUGAGGAAGAGUCCCCUGUUAAGGCCAAGCCGACUCCAUCCAAACAACCAGCCCCUGCUCAGAAUGGCAAGAGUCCUAAACCGGUCACUCCAGCUAUAAAGCAGGAAAAGACCUCUAAAGGUAAGGGUGACAAGACUCCUAAACCCCCGACGACUCCCAAAGGAACUGCCUCGACUGCUGAGAUUAAAGCCAAGUUGAAGGGAGUAACCUUACCCAAAAUCCAGCCCAAGUUUGAAAACUUUAUGAUGAAAUGUCAUAAUGUCUCAGACGCCAAGGUUAUUGCGGAGCUGUGGAAGUGGAGACAGACGUUGAAGGAUGAUAAAUAAGUCUGUUGUUUUAUUCCUUUUUUAUGACCGGUUUAUACCCAUAGCACCUCUGAAACCAAACUCAGUGCCUCACAAGUCAAUAAUUCCAAGUCUAGUCCAGCUCCACCUGCCCUCCUGUACAAGGACACUCAAGAGAGAGUGAUGUGGAUGCUGACAGUGCACUGUGGAGUUGCAUUGUCUUAUUUUUUAUUUUAUUUUUUUUCCCCUCCAUCACCCUUUCACAUGGGGCAGUGAAAUGAUUUGGUUUGUUGAAUAAAAGGGAGAGCCAACUUACAAAUUUGCAGCUUUGUAAAUGUGUAAAUAAAAUUCUUGCUAGAUUGUUGGCACCCGGGUAUGGAGGAUAUGUUCAUGUGUUUUUUUUUUUUUUUUUUUAUUUUUAUAUAUACCUUUAAAAUAAUUUGGCAUCAGGCAGGAACAAUAAAUGCAUCACAUCAUUACACUUAAAACGCAUACAAGGCUAGCAAACAAUAGCUCAAACAAUAGAACAUUGGGUAGUGUUGGCAGACAUCGGCAGUGAUGAUUGCAGUAUUGAUUUUAUUUUUUUGUAGUAUUGUCCACCAUGAACAUAACAAAAAAAACUGUUGCACUAUUUGAGAGGUUUUGAAUGUGUAUGCUAUUGUGAGAUUUCUACAGCCCAGAUCUGAUGACGACAAACUGUCCACUUAACGUAUCACAAUUCUUCAUUCAUUUUACCGUCUGGAAGUAACCAUUAACCAUUUGGUAUUAAGCAGCAAGCUGUUAACCUUUGCGAAAACGUUAGAAAUAAAGUGCCCUUCACAUUUCAGCACUGUAGAUGGAGAAUGGUCUGUUUCGGUUGUAUGUAUUGCCAUGAUUACUACCUAAUAGGUCAAGGUUAACAUACUAACUGAGCAACUGGAAGGUUUUAAGCAACUGUUUAACUCCUUUGCACAUUCCUUUAUGUUGAAGCAAGGAUUUGCAGAGGAGUCUCAAAGUUCCCACCUGUACUGAAGUUAAAUGAGGCUACACAUUGUGUUCAUGUAGCCGGUUAACGUAACCUUAGGGAUGUAAAUGUGGAUGCAUGGGGCCUGUUAAAGUAGAUUAUUCCAUGUUCUCAAGAAAUAAGUUUGUCCUAAUAGUGCUUUGGGUUUGGAUGGACUGUAACAAAGAUUGAUUAAAAGGAAACUCUGUAAUUGUUGCCAUUUGUUUUAUUUCUCUGCAAUAAAAGUUGAUAAGUUUGCCCCA